GCAUUCACUUUUCACACACUUCAUCUUCUCGGUGACCUGUACCAGCUCGGCCCAGCACCCACGUUUCACGUGAACAGACGACAAAGCCUUCCGCCAUGCUGACAGAGUGCGUAAAACUGGGAGACGAGGAUUCACCUGCCCCAAAAAGUCAUUCUUGCUUACUGCAGGAGUAGUAGCUUUUCAGAGCUUUUCAGUAAUUAAAAAAAAAAAAAAAAAAAAAGACAAAAACACCAAUACUCUGUGCAGGUCAAAAUGAAGGGGGGGGAAGAUGCCUCUUGGCUGGCAGAGGGGCACCUGCGAGGGGUGGAGGCACGGCUGGGGGGCAGCGCUGCUUCCAGCGACCCCCCGGGGAGCUGAGGUGAGGGGCCGGGCAGGAGGCCGAGGGAGCUUGGCCCCGCCAUGCCGGGUCGGGGCAGGGCUCGGGGCCGAGGCCGGCGGCUGCCCGCGGCCGGGGCGACGGCGCCAUCUUGUGGGUGAGGGCGCGGCCGCCGCCCCUCGGCCGCCAGCCACCUCCUCCCCGUGUUUUCCGCUGCCCUGUAGGCUCUGGGGCUGAGCCAGUUGCUGAUUGUUCACUUCCCUGGAGCAGUUCAACGGGUAGAAGCGUAGCGAGGGCAUUGGCAGCUUUUACCUCAGCAUCAUCCAGCCCUGCUGAGAGGCACUUGACGCAGAACGGUGGUAAAAUGCUGGCAGAGGUCUUUCUCAGAAGAGGCUGCACAGCUAUCCACCGGUCUCCGCAAUCCAGCAGGCAGUGUGAGCAGGCACCCUUGAAGUCGCAGCAAAGUGUUUUCCUGUGGACAGUGCAAAUGUCUCCCAAGACGUCUGAAAGGAGGAAGCUGUCUGGAGAGAAGUGAGGACCUCUCAGACAUCGAGAUUUUUUGAGUCAGACACUGCUCAGCUGUUGCAUUGCAGAUGUCUUAGCUAAAAACAAGCUUUCACUGAAAUCAAAGACUCUUCAUGAGUUUAAGUGGUGGGAUCCUCCCACAAAGAGAGGGCUUUCUUCUUCAAAGGAUUCUCCUUAGAUUUCCCUACAAUAGAUUUCGUAAGGCUUGCCUGCAUUGUGAAGCUGAUUUAGUGCCAGCAUCAUGUGAAUCUGAAACAUCACAGCUGUUACGGAUGAAUUCACUGCCUGGUUGUUCUCACUUCUGCAGUUCAAGUGCUUUCCUCCACAGUAACCUAGCCACGAAGUUGGCUGUGGAGGGAAGUGUUGGGCUGUAAGGAGUACGGUAGGGCUGUUUCUUUCUGCUGAGUGCUGCUGCAGGUACUUGUUUUCCAUUCUGAAGGUAAAAUAGGUUAUCUCAUGCUUGAGUGUUCGCAUGAAGAAUUAGUUUGAUUGCGCUGCUCUGCCAUGAACCCAUGCGCUGUCGCACUGUUAGCUGUUCCUUCAUGUAAAUAAACGACUUGAGUAAGAUAAUUUGAAGUAAGAUGCCUUUAUUCCAAAAUAUUGGUGGUCAAUGCAGUGAGAUAAUCAGGAACAGCUGCCCCAAAAUAACUGCAUAAACAAAUCUUGCAAAAUUAUGGUAAAAAUCCCAAUGUACUAUUUUUAAGCUUGUCCAUUGCUCCAGGAUCAGUUGAAUCGUUCACUGAAUUGGACCACGUUUAUCUCAGAUGGCCUCAAAUGGUAUCAGUCGAAGCACACUUUUUCCAUGUUCCAACCUGGGGCUUUGGUCACUACAGAAGGUGACGAAGUUUGCUUUAAAUUUGUGUGAUAUUUUACGGUCAUUGGAAGACAAAACUCUCUGCGUUCAAGAGUUUACAGUUUAAUCUUUGGACACUUGCUGAUAGGUGUAACACCAUGAUAAUAGUACAGAGAAAUUAAACAGGGCAGGGAGGAGUCUGACAGAAAAGCAGAAGAGCCUGCAUCUGCCGGAAAGAGCUUGCCAAAGCAGAGUGAGUCUGUCCCGCCUGUCCCUGCACAGACGGGAGGGGAUCAAACAGCUCCUCAGGCGUGGAAAUACCUGACAAAAUCCAAUCUCUUUUGCCUUUUGGAUCUUCAUAUCUGAUUGCUUCCUUACAGCCUUUUGACCCUACCAUGGCCUCUAAUCUAAAAGUCAUCUUCCUGUUUCUUUGGUCGCUUCUCUGUGAAGGGGGAGAUGUCAACGUACAGCAGAAUCCUCUAAUCCAGGUUGCACUGCUCAAGGAAGAAGUGUCCAUCCCCUGUGAAGUCACCUUCCCUUACACCCUGAAGUACACCAAAUUUUCAAUCUUCUAUUACUGGAUUAAUUUACUGGGUCAGAAUACACCCAUCUCUAAUCGGGAAGAAAAUGUACAAAUCCCUCCUGGAGAAGAGAAUAAGACCACUGCCAAAUCCUACAAUCACAAAACCAUGCCACUUGAAAGCAGCUCAUCUACUGGCACCUACUAUUGCGAGGUCCGGUGGAGUGACAUCCAGAAAAUGGGAAAUGGAGUGUUUGUCCUUGUGAGAGAGAAAGGCUACAUCGAGACUUCCUAUGGGUGGGACAUCCUCAUUACCUUCACCACUCUUCUGGUGGCACUGAGCAUCACUGCGACAGCUCUGCUCGUGUGGAAAAGAAAGGUAUUGUGUCCGAAAAGGAACCAGCUAAAUAUACCGAGGCAGAAGAUAGAAACCCGGCCUCCGUCAGCCAGCCCGCCACCACCUUCUCCUGUUUAUGACUGCCUGAAUUCACAGCAAGUUGAGGUCUAUUCUGUCCUCGAGAACAACACAAAGAACCCAGAACCCAGAAGGAAUCCUCCAGGGAAGACAUCUAAGAAGCAAGAAAGUUUAGAAGAAUCCUCUGAUACAGUGUAUGAGAAUAUCUAACGGGGAAAAACUGGUUCUGUGUGGACCAGACAUCUUCUUGCACGACAGAACUGCUUCCUGCAUCCUCAGUUCUCUGCGAAGACCCACAGCGACUUCAGGGUGCAGCCACGGGGGACUUGUGAACCCCGGGCUCCCUCCAAACUGCCCUUCAUUAACAACAGAAUACGUCUGUUCAAAUCCCACUGGGGCUCAGUCUGCAUUGAUGCAGUGAAGAUAUUUUGCAGCAAAGCCGUUUGAUGCAAAAAAAAGCUGUUUUUUGUCAAGCACUCGUACGCAUCUUAGACACGGUGCAGAUGGGAUCUGUGCACGUUUCUCUCGCUUGGCCUGGCUAAAAUACUUGAAUCUCGAUCCUCUGUAAGUGAUAGCGCGAUCCAGAGACCUCCCUGCUUGCUGGCCUGAUCUUCCAGUCCUGACUUGCAGCAGUCCAUCUGAUCCUGUGCCUACAUUUCCCUGACACAGCCGUCAGGCCUUCAUGCGUAGUUUAACUGAGAUCCAAACGUCCACCUGCCCAUUUUUCCCUUUCUCAGGAACCCCACAGUGAAACAUGCUUUCUCAUAAUCUGCUAAUCCCAUCAAGUAGUCACAGAUGCCUGCUGUGACCGAACUCAGCUGACUCAAAUCAGUGCCUUGGAAUAAAUGCUUUCCCUUCAGCAAUAUCAGCAGUAUACGGUGAGGGAUGGAUGCAUGAACAGAGAUAAAGAUGGAAAAAAGGAAGCCAGAGAAAAUAUCCCUGCCUGGCACUAUGUCUCAGCAGCAGUGCCCUUUCCAGAACGAGGAGAAGGAUCAAGGAGCUGGGAAUCCGAGGAAAAUGCCUUGCUGGGGCUGAACAGAUCUGGGGCCAGGUUCCAGAGAUGUUCAAGCCAAGCUCCCCCGUUUCCCCAGUUCUGAAAUCUGUAACGACUGGAGAGAGGAGGGAGGUCCUAGAGAUGAAUUUUCUAUUCAAGCUCCUCUCUCUCCUGUCAGCUGGGACUUGCCUACCAUUUGUGCUGAUGGAUAUCCUAGUUCUGAUAGGGAGGAAGUUACGUUAAAUAUCCGUGUAACACGAUCAAACCAGUGGAUCAAAAAGCUGAGGCUGUUUCUCUCAGAUUAAAAAAAAAACAACAACAAAGUAACAACCAAACAAAACCAACCCAAAAUAACAAUACGUAGCAUAACUUGAGAGGAAUCAUAGAAACCUCUUUAAAGAAGAAGAUCAAAUUAAAACUGAGCUCCAGGGUCAUAGGACCCUCUCUAGCUGAAGAUAAUGUUGCUAUGCAUCAGAGAUAGAGGCUAUGGAAAAUGUCUCCGGGGCCUCCAACCUUCCUAUACUAUGUUUAAAGAGAUAAUCCGCUUAUUGCUUUGCUCUUUUUAUUAGAAGAGAUUUCAAACAUGCAAUUUGGACUUUAACCACAGGAAAACACUUUUUCUCUUCCCAGUGUUGAGGAAUUCAUUUCAGAAAGAGCAAUGAAUAGACAGCAUGGCUUACUAGACCUGUCUUCCAUUAGUUAAGUGAUCGUCAUAAUUAUAAAUAAAUAUUUCGGAACUCAACAAUGUUAGUAUUUACUCAUGUGACCAGAAAUAUAAGCGAGGAGAAAACAUUUGUCUUCAUGGACAAAAAAUUACAAGGAUUGCACAGGUAUAAUAUUUUCUUUCCUUACCAAAUUUGAAGACUGAUGAGAUGAAUUAUAAGUAUGUUGCAGUACAGCGAUAAAAUAUUCAGAAGCAGGUGGUGGAUUAGAUGAAGAGUUAAAACUCUGGAAGUAACGCUGCUUGGUUUUUGUGUUUUGCUUUUUUAAUUUUGUAAGUACUAAAAACAAGGGUUAGUACUAAAAAUUUCCUGGCAGAGA